UUGUUUUUUAAAUACCUUUUCUUGCUUUCGAACAAAAAGCGCAGCGUGUAGAACGGGAAAAGAAGAUAAUAUGGCCGUUUAAUGAGAUUUUGGAGGAGAGGGGAAAGAUAAUGCUAAUUUAUGGCCCAAGUUUAUCGAUGUACUGUGGAUCGUGGGUACGCGUUGGGGGUAUUCAGAGUGCGAUCAAUUGGCAACACAGAUGCAGCCCCCCUAAGAAAUUGAGCGGGUCUGGGAGAAGAUGCGUCACUUGCAAAUUUCAGAGUGUGAGAGUGAGUAGAGCAUGCAGUGUGGCACUGACUACCUUGCUCGCAACCGCUGUAGUAAUAGCUUCUGUGGCAGCAGCUGAUGAACCGGAAACUCUAUCCAACAUACCCCAAACUUUGUCCGGUGAGUGCACGUUGUCCAAAGACUGCAAGAAAGCUAGAAUUCAGAAACCAAGGUCAAGGAAUGCGGAAUCAUGCACAAGCAAGUGUGUCACCACUUGCAUCCGAGGUGGCGAAGGCUCUCCUGGAGAAGGCCCUUUUAACGUGAUAAGACCUCUGGUUGUUUUCAAGCAAGGGUUUCGAACUCGUCAAUAUUGUUUGGUGGAAUGUUCAGAUAUCUGUAAUUUGAUUAGCGAUGCUGUUGUAACAAAAGCUAGGUAGUCACUCCUUCAGUUAAUGCUUGCCCAUGUAUACUUUCCUUGUGUAAUUUGAUAGAAUGUUCAAAUAUGUGUAAUUUGAUAAGUGAUGAUAUACAUUCAGUUUAUGUUUGGUUAGUAGCAUUAAUUGAUAAUUAAUAGUUAUAAAGAGAUUGAUCUUUUAAAUGGA